CCGGCAUGGGCCGGCCCGGGGCUGGCGGGGCCGUGGCGGAGGCGGGGGCGGCGCGCGGGCCCGGAGGCUGAGGGGGCGGGGGCCGAGCCUCGCGGUGGGCGGAGCGGCGGGGCGGGGCGGGGCCGCGGCGGGCGGCGGCGCCGAGGAGGGCCCGCACCGGGAGGAGCGCCCGGAGGCGGCGGCCGAGCCCGGGGCCCCCAUGGGCGGGUGUGUGGGCGCCCAGCACGACUCCUCGGGCAGCCUCAACGAGAACUCGGAGGGCACCGGAGUUGCUUUAGGUCGUAACCAGCCUUUGAAAAAGGAGAAGCCCAAAUGGAAGAGUGAUUACCCCAUGACAGACGGACAGUUGCGCAGCAAGAGGGAUGAAUUCUGGGACACCGCACCUGCCUUCGAAGGCCGGAAAGAGAUCUGGGACGCCUUGAAGGCCGCCGCGCACGCGUUUGAGAGCAACGACCAUGAACUGGCUCAAGCCAUCAUCGACGGCGCCAGCAUAACCUUGCCACACGGUGCGCUGACAGAGUGCUACGAUGAGCUGGGGAACAGGUACCAGCUGCCCGUCUACUGCCUGGCACCCCCCAUCAACAUGAUCGAGGAGAAGAGCGACACGGAGGCUCUGGACAUCCCCGAGCCGCCCCCCAACUCCGGGCACGAGUGUCAGCUGCGCCUGCGCCUCUCCUCGGGCAAGGACCUCAGGCUGGCCGUCCGCAGCACGGACACCGUCCACCACAUGAAGAGGCGGCUGCACGCCGCGGAGGGCGUGGAACCCGGCAGCCAGCGCUGGUUCUUCUCCGGCAGGCCCCUGACCGACAAGAUGAGGCUGGGCGAGCUGAAGAUCCCCAGGGACUACGUGGUGCAGGUCAUACUCAGCCAGCCCCUGCAGAACCCAACUCCGGUGGAGAACUGAGCUGAGCCGGCCCCUCCCGCCCUCCUCCAGGGUGUGACGUGUCCUCUCACAGUUCCGCGUCCUGAGGAGUCACAGCGAAAGAUUCCAUCUGUGAUGGAGACCAACAAAUGAAUUAAAUAAAACACAAAAGGGCCAGCCA